AAGUUGGCAACCUCCCCUCCUCUCUCUCUCUCUCUCUCCUAUUUUUACUGUUCCAUUACAAUUCCCAUCCACCCCUUCUUUCUUACGCUCCCCCCCAAAACCAUGAAACGAAAUUGCAGCAAAAACUGCUAAAAACUUUCAUUCAAACCAAGGUACUCACUUUUUCCUUAUCUCAAGAUACUUUGAAUCUUUGACACAUAGCCUGUGCUUCUUGCUUCUGCUUCUGCUCCCUGUGUUUUUCUCUGCAAAUUUUCUACUCAAUUUGGCAAGAGAGAGAAAUGGGUUAGAGAAAAAAUGGCCGAAUUUUGGUGGGUAAGUAGUGAAUUUGUUGUUAAAGAGUGAGAUUAUUUGAAAAUGGUUGAAUUGAAUGGAAGGGGGUUUCAGGUUUCAGGGCAGUUGGGAUUUAUCAGCACCACCAUCUCUGCAGCCGCCGUCGCGAAAACCACCAUCAAUUCCACCACGAAAACCCCAGAAAUGUAGAUGAGGAGGAGAGAGAGAGAGGAAGAACAAGCCCCAACGCCACCCUUUCCACCACCACCACCAACAACAACACCGAAUCAUCACCAAUUACAGCAAGACCCUCCACCACCCUUCAACCACAAUCAUCAAUUCUACGUGCAGCAAUCUCAAAGUGGGAAUCAGUUUAGAGAGCUUUAUUCUGAGCUGGAACCCCGGAAUUUGGUAUCCAUUUCACCACCCCAACAACCCAUCAAGAAACGCUCUUAUAUCUCCUCUUCUUCGCCUUCGGUUGCUGCAAGCACGCAACAUGUUCGGCAAAAGUCCUCAAUGGAAGAUUCUUCUUUUGAGCAGCAGCAGCAACCCGUUUCCACUAGAUCAGCAUUGAGAAAAGCCGGAUUAGGGGAGAUAGUAGAGGUCCAAGGGGGUCACAUUGUCCGAGCCACAGGGAGAAAGGACCGUCAUAGUAAGGUAUGUACUGCCAAAGGUCCGAGAGAUCGUAGGGUUCGUCUGUCAGCUCAUACAGCUAUACAGUUCUAUGAUGUCCAGGACCGGCUUGGGUAUGACCGUCCUAGCAAGGCAGUUGAUUGGUUAAUUAACAAGGCAAAAACUGCUAUUGAUGAGCUUGAUCAAUUGCCUGCUUGGAGUCCUACUAAUAUGAACGUUUUAAGCUCGAAUAGGCGGCGUGGUAAGAACGCUGCAGGAGAUGGGGUGGUGGAAAUGGCUGAGGAGAAGGCUGCUGCGAGUGCAGAGGGGAUGUAUGGUGGUGAGGAGCAGCAACAGUUUUACAACAAUGCUAAUAGUUCUAGUUCUAGUUUGUUACCACCUUCUUUGGAUUCUGAUGCUAUAGCUGAUACCAUUAAGUCUUUUUUUCCUAUAACGAGUUCGGCAUCAGCAUCUCCGAUGCAAUAUCAAGAUUACUCUCAGGGUGGUUUGUUGCAGAGGAGUGGUGGUGGUGGUGGUGGUGGUGGUGAUGGUAGUAGUAGUAGACAGAGUCAAGAUUUAAAGUUGUCUUUGCAGUCAUUUCAGGAUCCUAUUUUGAUGCACCAACAUUCACACCACCAUGGUGCUACUGCUGUUCAUCAUGAGCAGCAGCAUACAUUGUUCCCUGGAGCUGUUCCAAUUGGGUUUGAUAACCCAAAUUCGAGUUGGUCUGAUAGUCAUCAUCAGCCCAACCCGGAAUUGGGACGGCUCCAUAGGCUGAUGCUUGGCUGGAACACCCAACAAACUGAUACCGAUCAUCACAAUGUUGGUAACAGUAGUGGCAGUGGCGGGGGCGGAUUUAUUUUUAAUCAGCCCCCACCUCUGUUGCAGCCGUUGUUUGGUGGUGGCCAGCACAGCCAGUUUUUACCACAGAGGGGACCCCUUCAGUCCAGUAACACACACUCUAUCCGUGCUUGGAUUAGUGACCCAUCUUUUUCAAUUGCUAGCUCGAAUGAACAUCAUAAUCAACAUCAUCAAGCAAUUGCAGUCCAUCCACAAGCCUUAUCAGCUCUUGGUUUCACUUCAGGUGGAUUCUCUGGGUUUCACAUUCCUGCUCGGAUUCAGGGUGAGGAGGAACACGGCGGCGAUCCUAAUAGGCCGUCCUCUGCUUCCUCCGGUUCUCACCAUUGAUAAAACCAACUACAAAUACUCUCCCUUCACUUGUUUCACUCUCUAAAGGACAUUGUAUGAUUACAUAUAAAUCACUACCCAACUAUGAGAUUAUGAUGAAGACAAGAAUUCAGAAGAAACUAUGGGGGAGUGUUCAGUUACUUUGAAUCAGUGGCUUUAAAUAUUGGGGAAGAUUAAAUCUGAGAGAAAAAAUUUCAGGUUUUUUCUUUUCCGUAAAGUUAAAUUUCUUAUCAAUUAGUUUAUAUGCUACUUGCUUUAAUGUUCAAGCUUUCCUUUAUGUUUAGAUGAGCUUGUGAAGCUCAACUUUGCUGGAACUUUGUUGUACUUGCUAGUAUUUUGCUUUUAUGCUACCAUAUGAUGCCUUCCUUUUA